ACCUCGAACCAGGACUGUACAGCUAAGGGAAUAUUUAUUUUGUCGACUCAAGUGGAGCAACGCAUUAUUAAUUUAGAUAUUCACAGUAAGAACCAGCUGCUGUUACCCGGGCAACCAUCGCAACUAGCACCGCACGAGGAGCAACAGACCGUGUUCGUGAUUCUAGACUCGAAUCCGGAUUCCGUCAACCAGAUCAGCUUGGAGUCUCUCCUUCCCGAAUCUGGGAUCGUCGCUGAUUUUGACGUGGAAGACACCCAGACGUCCGGGGGGGAAUCAUUCUACCAGAUAAAGAGCCAGCCAAUCGCAGUCAGCCCCUCCUCUCCCCUGGGCCCGGGCCCGGCCCCGCCCCCCGCCGUGAUGUCAUCGCGGGUGCUGCUGAGGCAGCAGCUGAUGAAGGAGCAGGCGCAGGAGCAGGAGCGGAGAGAGGAGCAGCAGGAGCGAGCGUCCAGCAACCAGCUCCGCCCCGCCGACCCCUCGCCCGCCAUCAGCGUGAGUGCCCCCCAGGGGCCCCGAGCCGCGCCUGCACAGGUCCCAGUCGAGGUGCUCAAGGUUCAGACUCACUUGGAGAAUCCAACCAAGUAUCACAUCCAGCAAACACAGAGGCACCAAGUGAAACAGUACCUCUCCACCACAAUGGGCAACAAGGCAGCCAAUCAGACAUUGGGGGCGUCGCCCUCGCCGCAAGCUGGCUCUGCCCCUGAGCUGGCCCCGCCCACCAGCACUCCAAACAGCCCCAUGGCUUUGCUCAACCUCGGCUCUAAUUCGGAGAAAGAGAUCGAUGACGUCAUCGAUGAGAUCAUCAGUCUGGAGUCCAGCUUCAACGAUGACAUCAUGGGGUUCAUUGAUUCGGGACUGCAGCUUUCAAACACCCUCCCUGUCUCUGGUAACCCGAUGGAUCUGUACGGCACCCCCAGCAUGUCGCUCCCAACCAUCACCGUGAGCAACUCCUGCCCGGCCGACCUCACCAAAAUCAAGCAAGAGAAGACCGACACAGACCCGAACGCCAGUGCUGGUUUCUGUGUGACAGAGGUCGAGGUGAAAGCGUUCAUGAAAGAGAGGCAGAAGAAAGACAAUCACAAUCUCAUCGAGAGGCGCCGAAGGUUUAACAUCAACGACAGAAUUAAAGAGUUGGGGACCAUGAUUCCUAAGUCUAGCGACCCGGAGAUGCGCUGGAACAAAGGCACAAUCCUCAAGGCUUCGGUCGACUUCAUCCGGAAGCUGCAGAAAGAGCAGCAGCGAUCGAAGGAGAUGGAGAUGAAGCAGAGGAAGCUGGAGCAACUGAACAGGAGCCUGCUGCUCCGAGUACAGGAACUGGAAAUGCAGGCCCGCCUUCAUGGCCUCCCCACUCUCCCUUCUUCCCUGGGCUCGGGAGAACCGGUCUCUCAGCUUGUCCUGCAGGACCAGAGCCAGCGUCCAGACCACCACCCCAACACCGGCCUGCUCUCCGGCCCCUUCGCAGCCCCUCCCACCACCCCUGCAGGCCCCUCCCCUUCCUCCCUGGUCAGCCCAGCCCUCGACCUGGGCUCCCUGAACUUCGACAACCUUGACGACCCCGCGGCCUUUGACCUGGGGCUGACCUCGGACGUGGGACUCGAUGACAUUCUCAUGGAUGAGGGGGGCCUCUCGCCCCUGAGGCGGGGCUCCGACCCCCUGCUUUCAUCGGUCUCUCCUGGGGCCUCCAAAGCCAGUAGCAGGAGCAGCUUCAGCAUGGAGGAGGACUCCUGACCCCUAGUGGUGGGAGGAGCGCACUGCGGUUUAGAUUUGGCAGCGGGAGUGGGAGGGGAGAUGAAUUCAAUCGAUCUACACAGUGUCUGAUCCAAAUGGUGGACAAGUGAUCAAAUUAUGGCGCAGCAGGGCUAGUGUGAGUUUCUAAUCUUACUCAGACUCCUGGCUCCUGAUCAUUUUAAUAAUAAUAAUAAUAGA